GCAACCACAGCAAUAGUUUCGUGUAGAGUUUAGCAGGACGGAUUCUCGCAGGACUUUAGCAGGGGAUAGGACCCAGCUGACCACGAGUUUCGGAUAGCAGGCUGCUACAAUGACGAAGGGACGGGAGAGACAGUGCCACAGUCGUUUGGAACAGCAGUAUCAGUUAGCGGACUGAUAUCUGACCAAGCCUGUAAAUUGGCAGCUAAAUCCCGUCAUCCCCUAGGAGAGCAGAAGGACGCUCGGAGUUCAUUCGUAACAGGCACGAAAUGACCACGUCCAAAGGGUUUCAGCUUAUAGAUCGCAGGCCUGGAAGUUAGCAGGACGGGCGACAAAGAGCUGGAAAGGGGAGUUUUCUACGAGCGAAAUUCCAGAACGGAAUUAGGUGAGAAGCAAUGGCGAAGAGAAGAAGAAUGUUAGGCAGCGUGCAUGGCGGUAGGCAGGCUAAAGACGAAGGCGAAAUUCAGUUUUAGAGUUUCGGUAUUUGUGAAGCGAGCAUUUUUUAGGUUAGGCAAGAAAGAAAGAAAGGAUGAACCCGGCAGAGGCAGAGAAGGGGGCAGCGACUCCCAAAAAGGGGUCCAUCUGCACACUAUGUAAUAAAGAAAGGACAACCGGCAGAGCCAGGACCAAGUGCGGACACGUGUUCCACAAGGCGUGUAUAGCAACACACGCUAAAUCGAAGCUGUCAUGUCCGACGUGCAAGGUAGCGUGUUUUGAGAAAGCACAGGCGGCCGGCGUCAGGACUGGCGCAAGUACAAGUCAGCUGACUCGCAGGGGAGAUUCACCCUGUGGGACCAGCCAAGCGAGCUCUCAAGCAGAGUCGGCAGGAGGCACAGCGGUAUUGUGUUCGAUUGUAUCCCAAUUAAUCAGCGCUAUGCAGGCGACGCUGCUGGAACAACUGUCAGAGCGAAUAGACGAACGGUUCCACCAAAGGGCGCAAUCAGAGAGCCAACUUUCCAAACCAGGUUGGGGGAAGACGGCUUCUUUCGGUGAAACUCAGAGACAGGAAGACAGAAGCUCCCACAAAGGUUACGGGCACAACAGAUCAGUAGCGGAAGUAGGAAGCGACUUGGAAUGGGAAGAGGCCCAAGAAUUCUCAGGUGAUGAAGCGGGUGAAGUGGAGGCAGUGGCUCUUAUCUGCUGGAAUUGCAGGAAAGAGGGUCACAGGUACCACGACUGCGCGGGCAAGCGGAAAGUUUUCUGUUUUGGGUGCGGAGCACCAAAUGUUUACAAACCAUCGUGUCCGAAGUGUCUAAAAAACGGGAGAGCGAACGCGCCGGAUCGUCCAACUCAGCGCGUUCCGUCAGGAGUAAACAAGGACAAGUAGGAAAUGAGUUCAGAGAAGAGUUUAAUAGGUCUAAGGUAGAAUGUAAGUAUAGGUCAAGGAAUUCUAAUAGGAUAAGGCGCUAUUGGCAGAUGAUGAAGACGAAAGAAACAAUGAAGUACAAGACCUCAGACAGACGUCCUUUUGCCGAGGUCUGAUUAUUUGGAGAGGUAGUUUUAGGACUAUUGGAUACUGGUGCAGUAGUUAGCUGUAUUGGAGGGAGUUCGGAGGAGACCGGAAAGGCUACCUACGAGCGGUAGGAUAAGCAAGGGCGAGCGAUAGGCACCUAUCAUGUCAAAGAGGUGAAACAGUAGUUCUCGCCUCCGUGAUUGAGCUAAACAGGAUCGUUUGAGAUCCUGUUCUAGCUCUUGAGAAGGGGGCAUUUUGUAACGUCGGCGAUAGGUCGACCGGGUUGGCAGCCUGGGGGGGUGCGGUGUUUCAGCCUUUCUGGCAGCCCGAUCGCGUAAUAGGACCCUAUUCAGCGUUUCGUGGAGGAUCUGAUCGAUCUGGUAACGCGCUCAAAGCUAAGGUUAGGAAACCGCGUGGGAGUGGCGUUCUUUUUGAUUUUAACCACGAAACAAGCAAGUUCGUGCAAGAAAGGAGAAGCAUCCGGAAAUUUUCGAGCAACUGCAGCGUAGUUUUACCCGCUGAGGAAUCAUCGUGCUGGUGCAGGACCAGCAGGCAUACAGAAAGAGGGCCACAAGCGGCAAUUUGGUGGUGUACGUACUGCUCAGUCAAGGCAGGGCGCGAUCGUAGAAGCUAGCUAGGUCAGGGGUACCAGCGUGCGAGCUAGACCCCUGGUGGCAGAGAGGCAUAGUGCGAGCAACGCUUGGCCAGAAGAAGAAGAGAAGAGCGGGUCACAGUUGCGGCGCGAAUCUCUCAGUCAGGCCGCCCACGAGGCGGGGCUGAGGGGAGUCAUCAAAACCAAGUAGGAGCUGGAGAUACCGUGAGCUCGACCUGAAGUGAAGCAAUCGGAGCGUUCGCGACGCUUUAAGGGGCGCUCCGCCAGAGAUCCGGAUAGGGUUCGGCCCUAACCUCACAGGAGUCGCCGUAAAGUAGGCGCCAUCCUGGAGCAGU